AUGUUCGACGACCUUCGGAGCUCACCCUACCUCCUACGUGUGUCUGACGAUGCCUGCCCCGACGAAUCCGUGUUCGUCUAUAAAUACCUUCGAGACCACCUUCUGUCUUUUGUCCAAAAUGAAGUUCCGCUUCCCAUAACCAAGCGAAUUCUCCGAGAUGCCCUGCGUGGAAUCGCUACUCUGCAUGGCAAAGGAAUUGUUCAUACCGAUAUCAAGGCGAACAACAUCUUGAUAGAAUGGAAGGACCAGGAUGGCGAAAUGGCAGUUGAGCAAGUGCAGGUUGCGGACAUUGAGGAUGCGGCCUAUGUACCCAAAGGUUCUGUUAUUAGGGGAAGGCAAGUCGGAAACUGGAUGUGGCGAAGUCCAGAGGCGCACGCAUCGGCUGACGUGCACACGCCGUCAGAUAUGUUUUCUUUUGGUCUUGUGUGCAUCUAUGCCAUGACGAAACGAGUGGUACUCGCAGUAGACGAAGAAGAGAUUCCAGAGGGCAUCGAACUCUUGGACAUUGUUCUCGAACGUCAGCUUUCUUACUUCUCUGAUCUAGAGGGUAUAGAUGGUCUGAUUCAGUACCUUGGCAACAGUCCCUGGGCUCAACUCAUUGCGAUGGUAGCAGCGGACUUCAAUGCGGACAACCCAAGACGGCCAUUUGCAUUGUGGCAGGACAUCGACCCUGAAUUCAAGGACCUUGUCGUACGGAUGAUGAAUGUGGACCCCACUCGGCGGCUCACAGCUAACGAGGCAUUGGCACAUAAGUGGUUCUCAGACGUUCCGCGAUGA